AAGGGCGGUCGGGGGCUGGUGGAAAGGCGGGCGGACGAGGGUUGGUGGAAAGGCGGGCGGGCGGGCAUAGGACCGGUGGAGGAGAUGGGUGGAGGAGGAGAUGGGAUGGGAAGGAUGGAUCGACGGGUGAUGGGUGAUGGACGGGGUUCGUGGGCGGGAUUACUAGGACACCUCUGUAUAUUCUCCGAGAGCGCGCGUUUCCUACUUCUACUUUGGGGUUUUUCUUUCAUCUUUUGUUUUGUUCUGGAUGGGAUCAUGUCUUUUCUUCUUCUUCUCGCUUCACUUCCCUAUUCUUUCCCGGGAAUUUUUUGGUUGGGGCUUUCCUUCUCUCGUUCCAAUUUUGUAGUUAGAGUAGCCCUUUUUUACUCUAUUUUUUUCUCUUCGGUUUUUUUACUUCGGUUGAAAUUACUUUUGGCUUGAUCUUGCUUCUGUUUCUGUUUCUGUUUCUCGUUUCUCGUUUCUGUUUCUCGAUAACUCCAUAGAUGUGAGAUGAUGGCUGGUCU